AUGGCUGGUUUGGCCGCAAACUGCCGCCUAGUUACCACUGCCUGUGUUGGCACGAUCCUGGACUCCGGUGGGAGGCCGAUUGUGCCCACCCCUCGGAGGCGCGACGCCAAAUUUGAUGUUUCUCCCAUCGCAUCGUACGCCGCUGAGGCUGACUCGGCCGCUCACAAUCCACCCCGUUUCAGCACCAUUUCGAUCGCUUCGGUACCGUUCGCUCGUGCGUUUUCAGCAUCAAACUGCCUCCUUGCCAAUUCCAUUGGUUCGUUCAAAUGGUAUCCUGUUUUGUCUGCUGUUUUGGCUGCUGAAAGUACAGACAGACGAGGCGACAAAUGUCCACAUGGUCCCUCAAAAUGCCCGUCAGGGCAUAAAGCCAACUACCACAACCAGCCAGAAAAGGCCACUCCUCCACACUUUGACACACUUUGCUCCAAUCUAGUACAGUCCACUCUACUCCACUCUCAUCGAAUCAACUUGCUUCGCUUCGACUGUCUGCCGCUCCUCCUUUACCGCCUUGACUUCACGCCCGGUUCAAGUUUGCCCAGUCACGCUGGUUUAGGCUCAAUUGGCCUAUUGAUCCUUUCGUCUCAGUUGUGCUCCUCGUUUUUUCAUUUCCAUCGCCUCAUACAGGUCAAGGGUAGGCAUCCGCCUGAACGCUUAUUGGCCGGUGAAAGAAAGUGA